AUGUUUCAACCAGCAAGCACAGCGAACAACCACAAGGCACGCAGAGGCACGCCCCUCCCACCCGCGACCGAACGGCUGGGAUGGGCGCGCAACCCGCCAACCUCUCCACGCCCCUUCCGUCCCAUCUUCAACGAACAAGCACCAGCAGCCCAAGGCACGGCAACGCUCAAUCGGGACUCCACCUCGGCGGGCAGGCCGCGCGCUAGCUCCUGUCCACUACUGCCCACCGCCGCAGUCGAAGAGAAGGAGCAAGAGUGCUCGGACGCCAAUCAACCACUGCCACCGGUCCAAGGCUCAGUCCCGCUGGAUCGGAACUCGUCUUCAGAGAGGGUGGUCGCAGUACUGCUACCGUCGGUCGCCCCGCGGGGCAGACCGCGCAGCAGUUCCUGCGUUCCACUCGGCACAUCCAUCCCUGACUCUCCUACAGACUCCGCCGCCGAAGACUCUGCCUCCGACGCAAGUAGCCAAGACUCUGUUGAGAUCAUCACGUCACCAGUCAAGCAGCUCCUCUCCUUCGACAACCGGCUCCAGAUUCAAAUCGUAGGAGACCGGUGCGAGGUGCUCCGCGACCAGGUCGACUUCACCGCGAAGUGCUACCGUAGCCUCGGAGAGCGCUCCCACAGCUUCUCAAUGAGGUUGCGGUACUGCCAGGAGGUCCGUGGCUCAGCCCCUCCGGCCUUGGUAGAGCACUUCGUGCUCGGCCAAGGCCGUCCGGUGCUUCCGACCAUCGCAGGACUGAACUCGGUCGUUCAACCGUUGGAGCGUGCAGAGGCCGCAGUCGACAAUGCAAGCCGUGCACAGACGGACGCGGAUGCCGCCACCCUCGUCGAAGAGGCCCAAAGGCAGUUCGACACUGCGACCGCCGGCCUGCAAGGGAUCAGGCAGACUCUAGAGACGGUUCAUCGCUGUGUGGAGACGAUGGAGGAGGUCAGAGCGGCGACCGAGGACCCGUUCAGACAGGCUGAGAGCAUCGGAAAUGCCAGCCGUCGGAGAGGCCAGCGCUUGACGUGGUUGGAAGCGCUGCCGGCGAUGUGCUUCGGAGGUUGA